AUGACUAUCGUUCAACGUUCUUUGAAUCUAUGUAGUCAAUGUUACCUGAAAUUGUCCACUCGUCACAUAAAUAUAAAUAUUAUCAAUCCAAAAAAGAAACCAGUACCAACAGUCAGUUUUGUUGGUGAACGUUCAUACCUUUAUCCGUCUGUUUACUGUUGGGGAUACAUUGGUACGGGUGCAUUAGGUGUUUUUGAUUUUGUUAAUAAACGACCUGAUCCGAAACGUACGGAUACGAAACAACAGACUCGUCUGCGCCGUUCAAUUCCAUAUCGACAUCCAUUUUCCUAUGAACAUCAGAUUAAAAUUAGUCGGAUCGCAUGCGGAAAUGGUUUCACAUUAUUCUCGUCGAAUACUUUAAAAUAUGAUAAAUUGUGGGCUUGCGGCCUGAAUACCGAUAGUCAAUUGACAUAUUUCAAAGAUCGUAAUCAUCCGAAAGGUUUCGGUGAUUAUAUUAUCGUGCCAAAAGUCAUCCAUCUACCAAUGAAGCACCCACGUUCGACACGAAUCAUACAAGUAGCAGCUGGUAGGGCACAUUCGGUGGUCUUAACUGAUAAUUCUGGUCUCUUCUCAUUUGGCAAUAAUGCAUUCGGUCAGUGUGCUCGUCAAAUUGUUCCUGAUGAGAUUUAUAAAAAUAACAUGUUAAUUCAUUCAUUCAAUCUUGAUUUAAAUGACGUCGAUGAUAAAGUAACUGACAUUGUUUGUGGGCAAGAUCAUACGUUAUUUCUUACAGAAAAAGGUCGAGUCUAUUCUUGUGGAUUAAAUACAGAUGGACAGUUAGGCGUCGGCCAUUAUGAAUGCGUCGCACGACCAGAACGAGUUCGUGGUGACAUUGAACACGAACAUAUUGUUCAGCUUGCCUCGAAAGGUGACUGUGUGUUAGCUUUGAAUAAGUCCGGUGACGUGUUCGGUUGGGGUAACAAUGAAUACCGUCAAUUGGGAAUUAUGAAUGAUCCUAUUGAUUCACCUGCUUCUUUACAAUGUGCACAGCCACGUCGUCUUCGCUUUCGAAAUGGUUCAUCAUUAACAAAUAUGAAGUGUGUUGCUGCUGGUGGCUCUUUAUGUUCAGCUGUCGAUUAUCAAGGUCAGUUAUAUAUGUGGGGUUUUGGUUUGCUUGGCUUCGGUCCUAAGCAUACAACGAUCGAUAUUCCACAAGCAAUGCCAAUGGAGUUGUUCGGACAAAAUGAAUUUAAUCAAGAUGUUAAAAUUGAUCAUGUAACCAGUGGCUUAAUGAGCACGGCGGCAAUUACAACUAAUGGUGAAUUAUUUAUGUGGGGAAAGAAUCGGUACGGUGCAUUAGGUGUCGAGUUCGAUGAAGAUGCGCCUAUGCCUAUGCGUGUUUUUGUACCUGCACGCGUACGCUCAGUUGCACUUGGACCUGACCAUACAUUUGCUCUAUGUAAAGGAUAUGUAUAA